AUGUCUAAUGAAGAAACAAACUCUGCGGGUACUACCGGGGGAGGAGAGCAGCAGCAGUCACCACCAGUAACCGUAGACACGAUGCCCGAAGCCAUGACACAGAUCAAGGCGAUGCUUGAAACAUUGGUGAAGAGGAUCGAAGAUCACGAUAAGCAACACGCAACCGCUAACGCCCGACUAGAAACCCUAGCGGCUGCCGCUCUGAACCAAACUGGGGGGUCGGGUCAAGAUCGACCGAGGAGACCGUUCAAAGAGCUGGCACCCGGAACGAAACCGAUUCAGAACCUGUGA